AUGUCCGACGAAAUUGAAGAAAUUCCAAACUCAUCAGCUCAAGCUAUUACUACUGCUAUUACCAGCAAUGAGGGAAAUUCUGGUAGUUGUGCUGGCUCAAGAGUUAGGGUUUGUGUUACGGGUGCGACUGGAUUUAUUGCCUCUCAUCUUGUUUAUCAAUUGUUGUUGAAGGGAUAUAUUGUUCAUGGUACUGUACGUUCAAUGCCAAAGGGAAGAGAUGAAUUGUACAAGGCCUUGUUAGCCUAUGAUCAAUCACAAGAAGGGAAGAAACAAUUAUCGGAGGAAAUUUUGCAGGAAAAUUUAAUUUGCUUUGAAUCUGACUUGUUGAAGGAAGGAAGUUUUGCUGAGGCCAUCAAGGGAUGCCAAUUCGUUCAACAUACUGCCUCUCCUUUCAAGAUUACUGUCAAGGAUCCUCAAUUGGAUUUAGUUGAUCCUGCUGUUAAGGGAACAAGAAAUGUCUUGGGAGAAUGUAUCAAGUUGAGAGAAUCUCAAUCCAAUGAAGAUCCAAAUAGAUUACAGAGAAUUAUUCUCACUUCUUCAAUUGCAUCUAUUGUUGAUACACCACUUCCAGAUAAGAUUUACAAUGAAGGUGAUUGGAAUGAAGUAUCUAAUUUGAACAAGAAUCCAUACUUUUUCUCUAAGGUUAUGGCUGAAAAGGCUGCUUGGAGUUUAAUGAAGGAAGCUGAAGAAAAACAUGGAAAGGGAUUUUUAGAGUUGGUCACAAUUUGUCCAGCUGCUGUUAUUGGAAAGCCAAUAUUUGAAAAGCAAGUUAAUACUAGUCACGAAUCAAUUAUUAUGCUUGCUAAUGGUGGGUUCCCUGCAUUAUUUGCUAUUGGAUUUGUUUUUGUGGAUGUAAAGGAUGUUGGUCUAGCUCAUCUCUUGGCCAUGGAAUAUCAAAAGGAUGAUAGAACUAGAUUUACUCCAUCCAACAUGGAACGAUACAUUGUAUGUUGUGAUGAAUCGACAACAAUGAAACAAUUAGUCGAUAUUCUCAGAGAACAAUUCCCUAAUCCUCCACACAAAUGGGUCAAGAAUUUACCAUCUCGUUCAAUGGAAGGUAAAUUUGGGUGUGCCAUUGCCAAGAUGGGUUCAAUCUUUCAACCUAAGGGUGUUCGUGACUAUAUGCAAAGUAAUCUAGGAAAACCAUUAUAUUUCAGCAAUAAGAAAAUUAAGGAUGCUUUCGGAAUGACAUUUGUGGAUACCAAAACUCAAGUUAAGGAAUCUACAGAAUAUUUACUCACCAUUGGUCAAAUCAAACAAUAA